GCGUGACUUGUAUAAGGAAGGAGGGACAGGGGGAGGGGAUCUUAAAAUAUGUUUAGGGGGCGCGCGCGCGCGCGCGUCCUCUCGUCUGGGGUGCGCGGUCAAUAACGGGCAACAACCUGGGUUUGGAAAGACGGCAAAGAGUAACACAGUCUCAGAGUUGAAGAUUGCCUGCCAACCUGCCAGGUCGGUCCAAAAGUUAAGGCGAGAGUUUUUCUCUCCCUCAGUGACAGACAGUGAAAUCCUGCUGUGUUUGGUGGGACUUGACGUCUCCCACACACACACGCGCGCACCCCAUAGACCGUAAGAUAAACCCAAUACGUAAAACAGAAGACUUCUAUUUCUGGUAUUUCAGUGGCCAAGAGAAUGCUACCAACCACUUAAUUUAAAUCAAAAUGAUGUGCAGUCUGGGAGUGGUAAUAUUUCAGUUUGGAGUGAGGCUGUUAUGGCUGAGAUAAAUACAAUGUAUUUACUUCUAAAAACCAGCAUGUCUUCACUUCUCCAGCAGUAUUCUGUGCCCUUUCUCGAAUCCCAGCCCACCACCACCCCACUGUCCCUUCCUCCCAUUUCUGCAGCUACAGAUGUUGUCUGCAAAGGAAGAGAACAAGAAAAACAGAGGAGUGGGAUGAAGAAGAGGAACUGUGGGGAUGGAAAGGCAGUUCUCCAAAGGCAUCACUCACUUACCUGCAGUUUCCCAGAUGAAUGGGAAAAACGAUGGGUUCAGUCUAAACACAGAACUGAUUAUGGUAAAUUUCGGAUAUCAGCGGGAAGAUUUUAUGGAGAUAGAGAAAAAGAUAAAGGUUUGCAGACAACUGAAAACACUAAAUAUUAUGCAGUAUCAGCAAGGUUUCGGCCCUUCAACAAUGAAGGUCAGACUUUAGUGCUUCAGUUUACGGUCAAAUAUGACCAACAGGUUGACUGUGGUGGUGCCUAUGUUAAACUUUUUCCUGCAGACCUGAAUCAAGAGGUUUUGAAUGAAGAUACUAAGUACUACAUUAUGUUUGGCCCAGAUAUAUGUGGAGAGGACAAAAAGAUAGUACAGGUCAUCUUUAACUAUAAAGAUGAGUACUAUUUGAUCAAAAAGAACAUCAAAUGUGAGACCGAUGACUUUACCCAUCUCUACACCCUGAUAGUCCGUCCAGAUCUUACUUAUGAAGUAAAGAUUGAUAAUUAUGUGGCUGAAGCUGGCCAUCUAGAAGAUGACUGGGACUUCUUACCUCCAAGGAAGAUAAUUGAUCCUGAUAUGCCAAAACCUGAAUACUGGGAUGAAAGGGAAAUUAUUGAAGAUCCUAUGGACAAGAAACCAGAUGACUGGGACCAGCCAGAAAGAAUUCCUGACCCAAAUGUCAAGAAGCCAUAUGACUGGGAUGAAGAGAUGGAUGGAGAGUGGGCACCACCAUCAGUUCCAAACCCUCAGUACCGAGGGAUAUGGAAGCCUCGUAUAAUUAAAAAUCCCAAUUAUAAUGGUAUAUGGGUCCAGCCAGAAGUUGACAACCCAGAGUACACACCAGAUCCUAAUCUUUACAAAUAUUUCAACAUUAGUAUCAUUGGCUUAGAAAUUUUACAGGGAAAGUCUGGUACAAUAUUUGAUAAUUUUCUUAUCACAAAUGAUGAAAAGUAUGCUGAAGAUGCUGGGAAUGAAAUGUGGGGUGUCACAUUUGAAAGAGAGUGGAAGAGAAGAGAAAGACAAGAUGUAGUUUAUAAAAAAAUAAAUGAAAAAGAAGAACCAAAGGGAAAGGAUGACAAGAAAGCAAAGAAAGGAAAAGAUUCCAGCGUUAAAGAUGAGCUCUAAACAACCCAAAUGUAAUGUGAUAGUGACCCAGUUAAGGUGUUCUUAACUUUGGAAUGGAAAUUGUUCAACUUAUAAAUAUUUCACUUAUUUUCUAAAUAUCUACUGCUGAAAUUCUGAAAUACAGUGGCAAUAAAAAGUUUAUACAACAAUUUUUAUGCUUGUCGGUUGGUGAUGUUUUUGUUAAUUAAAAGUAACCUUUAGAGUCUGUGCUUAAGAGCAAAGGAAUUUUGGAAGCAGGCGUAAGGUGAUGGCUAAUUUCAUCCUUUCAUUUCAUCUUUUUUGUUUCGUAACUAUUAAUGAAUUUGAUGUUGUAACAUCAGAGGGUAUUUUGAUUUCCUUUGUUUUGCCAUAUCUAAUCAUAUAAAAAUAUCUCUAAAAUGA